UAAUUAAAAUUUUUUUAAAAUUAUUAAUAUUGUAAUUUUCUAAAUAUUGCACUGUAAAUCUAUAAAGUUUAAUAUCAAUGCUUAAAAUACUUAAGGGUUCAUUUUUAUGAAAAUUUCACUCGAGAUUUAAGUAAGCAUCUUAUUACUAUAUAGUCAAUUGCAUACGAAUAUUCGUAAGAUAAAUCAUUUACUACAGUUUAUUUGAAUAUUAAUACGCAGCAAAAUGUUAGGUGGUAAAAUGCAAGGUCUUACAAAAGAAUCUCUGAAAAAGAAUUCUAUGUUAUUGCCAUUGUUUUUCUGCAUUGGAUUUGGAGCAUUUGCUGCCACAGGCUAUUUAUUACGUCUUGCAUUCCGAAGUCCUGAUGUUACGUGGAAUAGUAGAAGCAAUCCUGAACCAUGGAAUGAGUAUAAAAAUAAAGAUUAUAAGUUUAUUAGCGUUCGUGAUACAACUAACUACAGAGCAACACCUCCACAAUAUUAAAAGCAUAUAAAUUGUAAACUAGUCUUAAUUAAAGAAAAUUAUGUAGAAAUCAAAUUAAUUUAUACUUUAUAUUAUUUUACUUUAUAAAUUAGAUUAAUUUAUUGUUAAUGUCAUUAAUAUUUUACAAGCUUGUAUUAUAAAAAAUUCAAUAAUAUUCAAAAAAUAAAAAUUUAAAUAUCAUGA